CGUCAUCGUCCUGACCAGGAAGUAGAGCAGCACGCGUCUAUCCGCUCGCUGCAUGAGCGUGCAGCACGAGCGUGCCACUCUUGCCCAAUUGGACAUUUUACAUGUCGGGACUCAACUGGCCCACAUGAGCAGGAGGAAAGUCGAAGUUGCUGGUGUGUCAAGUGGACUUUGCUGAGCUGCGUUCAGGGACUUCAGUGGACAUGGCUGGGAGGCUGAGCUUCUCAAACAUCACAGCCCUGGCCCCCAUGGUGCGGGUGGGCACGCUGCCCAUGAGGUUGCUGGCGCUAGACUACGGGGCUGAUGUGGUCUACUCCGAGGAGCUGAUUGACAUCAAGAUGGUGCAGUGUCGCAGGGUGGAGAACGAGGUUCUGCAGACGGUGGAUUUUGUGGCGCCGGAUGAUCGCGUCAUGUUCCAGACCUGCGCAAAGGAGAAGCAGCGAGUCGUCUUCCAGAUGGGUACGGCCGACCCGGACAGAGCCCUCGCCGUGGCCCGACUGGUGCAAAAGGACGUGGCGGCCAUUGACGUCAACAUGGGCUGCCCUAAAGAGUAUUCCACAAAGGGCGGCAUGGGCGCAGCUCUCCUGUCCGAUCCCGACAAGAUCGAGGCUAUCCUCCGCAAGCUGGUCGGCGGCGUGGCCGUGCCCGUCACCUGCAAGAUCAGGAUCCUGCCCUCGCUGGAGGACACGCUGACUCUGGUGCGGCGGAUCGAGAAGACGGGCGUGGCCGCUAUCGCCGUCCACGGCAGGUUCAAGGACGAGCGGCCCAGACAUCCCGUCCACUGCGACUACAUCAGAGGCGUCGCCGGGGCCUUGUCCGUCCCCGUCGUCGCCAAUGGUGGCUCCCUGGACCUGGUCAAGAGCUACGACGACAUCCGGGCCUUCAAGGAGGCCACGGGCGCCUCAUCCGUCAUGUUGGCGCGAGCAGCCAUGUGGAACCCAUCCGUCUUUCGCAGCGCCGGACCGCUUCCUCUCCACGACGUCAUGAUCCAAUACCUCACAUACGCGCUGCGCUACGACAACCACGCCUUCAACAGCAAGUACUGUUUGUGUCAAAUGCUGCGGGACAAAGUGGAGUCGGCUCUGGGCAAACGCGUUCAGGCGGCGCAGAGCAACCGAGAGCUCAGCGAGGCGUACGGCCUGGAGGAGCUGUUCCAGCAGACGCAGGCGGAGCUGGAGGCUCGUCGCGACGCCCUGCUGAGUCCCGAGCGACGGCGGGGCGACGUCAUCGCCAUGGACGGCGACGUCACCACCAUGGCCCUCAAGUUUCAACGACGUGAAUACCCGCCGCAGCUCACGCCCAAGAUGUUCCUCCUGGAGUGGAGCCGGCGACAAAAGAUGGAGCAGCCCACCUACCAAACUGUGCAACGUGCGCAGGAUCGAGCUUUCCAGUCCACCGUCACUGUGCAAGACAGGAAGUACAGAUCGUCGCUCUGGGAGAAGUCAAAGAAGUUUGCGGAGCAGGCGUCCGCCGUGGUUUGUCUGCGUGCUCUGGGAAUUCCCGAAGGUCGCGCAGGCGAGGAAAAUGUGGAACGGCUGCACAAAAGGAAGAUGGAGGACACUUGCAACGCGGAUGAAGACAAGAGGAAGAAGAAACAAGUGAUGAAUGACGACGGAAGCUUGUGAAGGCAAAAAUGGCAUGAAUGUUUGACUUUUUAUUUAUUUUUAGCUCCCUUCUACGCAAACACACGGAAUCUAGCAGGCGCCCGGAACGCGCUGAAGAUUAUGUCACACGCGACUUGAAACUC